AAAGUGCUUGAAUUAAGACGAGAAAUGGGCAACCAUUAUCUUGAGUAGCAACACACUGCGAUAUUUUGUUUUCCUCAUUGUUAAUCAUCUAUCUACUAAAUUGCAUGUUAUUGAUCGUUUUUUUUAAUAAAGACGUUCAUUUCUCUGAAGAACAACAUUGUUCACGGAAAAGAAAUAUUUGUUUAAUUAGUAAGAAGUCGGUAACCUGUGCUGUCAAGUGUAUCCACGGAUUUUAUCGGCUCGAGUAUAAUAAAUAACUAGUCCAGUGUGUAAGUGUAUGCUAGUUCAUGAAGACUGCAAAUGUCCAUUAACGAACCAAUCUUGAAGCACAUGUAAAUUGGGCUUUAGCCACUUCAUAGCGGUUUAACCGCAAUAGUAGUCAAAUCACAAUGUCGGCAAAACUCGCCGAUCGCAUUGACCCAUUCACUGCUAAAGCAGCUGUCAAAUCGAAGAAACAAAAGCGAUCACAAGGAUCAUCGCAUUACCGUGCCAACACUGCACCAGAACUUCAGGCGUUACCCCAUUUGAAAGGUAUAAAUAUGUUUGUGACUGUACUGAUUUUGUGACAAGUAACUGGGGAGGGGGGAACGGGGCUGCCUCUCAAUUGUAAUAACUUUCAAUAGGAAGUCAGAACUUUAAGAAUAAGACUAAGAAGUGAGUGUUAAUAAAUAAUGGUACUGCACUCUCUUCCUCUUGUGGGUCUUGAGUUAGACUUAUUAAAGUUAGAGUGUGCUCACUAGUGCCAGUAGCUAAGUUUCAAAUUAAUACUACUCCACUAUGCAUAUCACAUAUAUUAUACAAGGCUUAGGGCUAUACACUCUGCCUCUACUUAUAGACUUGUAGUAUAAGUUAUACAUAGCAGAUAGUUUCAGAGUUUCAGGUCAGCUGUGUUGUCAUUUUUAUCAAAGUAAAUAAAUAGGUCGAACAAUUAUUAAUAAGAAUAAGAAACAUAAGCAGGCCACCUUAAGAUCUACUCAUAAGGCUUUUGUAGGUUAUAAUCAUAUAAUAUAUUGACUAUUUUUUUGGCUAAUAAUUAUUUAAAUAGUUAGUGGUAGGCUGGUAGGAGUCGGGUCCAUCCAUAAUCAUAAAUGUUGUGAGACAUGUUUGGUCAAUCAUCAGAAAUUUGUGACAGAAGCUAGACACCCUUGCCAAUGUAGCACAUAUUCAUAGACAGCCCCCCUCCACCCGAUCAUUAUUGAUAUAGAUGGAUAGUCCAUGUAACGCCAUGUCCAGCAGCACUAUCAUUGUUAGAAUAGGGGAGAGGAUAUGUGCAGUGAUAUUUAAGUAUUCUACCUUUUUCAAUGCAUCUUUUGCUGUUAGUUAGUAAUUUAUUGUUUUCUCUAUAAUUUAAAAAAGCUGGUCGAUAGGUCUAGGUUAUUUUAAAAUGUGCCAUUCAUAUCCUAAACUCCUUGCCUACUGAAUUUUUUUAAAUCAGCUUUCCGACGAUUAUCACUUGUCAAUUGUAUUUUUACAAAAUGAUUGUUUUUAUUAUUUAUAUAACUCUUGUGAACAUGACCCUAAUUUUAGAGCAAAAAAUAGUAUUUAAUUUUUAAUUUGUUUGACCUGCACUAUAAAUUCGGUACAGUACUCAUAUCCUUGCUUUAUGUGGUGUAUCAAAAUAUAGAACACUGGAGGAUAUGCUUAAUAGGGUCAGUUUAUGUAAAGAACCUUGGGGACUAGAAUAAUCUGUCUUUGCUCAUUUCCAAAAAUGGAUGUACUAACAAUAUUAUUUUCCAAAAAAUGUGGUUUAGGACUAUUAAUCAGUUCCAGGGUUUGUGAUUAGGUGAUUUUAAAUUAUGCUAGAUAAUGAUUAUAGGUACUUGCUGGUGCUCAGUAAAUACUGCACACUGAGCCAGAACAGUUCAAUCAAUUACUAUAACAAACCAGUAGUGAUAGAUAUCAUGGAUGAAAUUUCCACUUCCCUUUAUGAGCUUAUAAUUUGAACCAUGAGUGAAACAGUAAGAAAGUGAACUUUAAAAAUUCAUAACAAUGAAAUGUAAACCAUUAAUGGUUUAAAUUUGGAUUUCUCAAAUGAUAAACAGUUUGACAAAAUAACUAUGUUAAUCAAAAUCUGUAUACUAUACACUUUCACAACUGUAGGAUAACUCAUAGCUUUAUUUUGCAACAGAAUUAGUAGCUUUUAAUUUUGCUCAUAAGUGAAAAACAAUCAACAUUAAAUGAAAGUAUAAAAGUAACAUUUUUUUAUUAACAUUCUUUUGAAUUGAACAAUUCUGUAACUUGUUCCCUAUUCUAUGAAAAAAAUUGAAGUUGUAUAAUUUUGCAAAUGUUAUUAUAAGUCUGCAUAUUAAUAUAAAAUGGGGAUUGUUGAAACAGUUAAUUUUCUAGUUAUUUUAAGUAGUAAAGCUAUUUUAACAUUUAAAAUUCCAUAAAAAUUUCAAGUAUAUUAUGCAUCAACUUAAUAUAAAUCCCAAAGUUUCUGUAAAAAGGUGCAGGGAAAACUGAAGUAAAUAUGAAUAAUAUACAAAACAAAAAUACUGCAUAUUUAUACUUUAUUAAAGCCCCAUCUACUGUACUGUACAAUAUUUUCACAAUGCUGCACAUAGCAAAAAUAUUUAUUUAGUUUAAUUAAAAUGGUAGCCAUAGUUAUUUUAUUUUGCAUUUUAGUUAUUUAGUAUAUGUUAAUAAUAUUAAUCUAAAAAAUCUAAAAUUUACACAUAUCUACAUAUUAUGUUUAGAAAAUGGCCAAUUCAGUUUGUAUCCUAGAUUCUUUUAAAAAGUUAUAUUUAUUAUUAUUAUUUAUUUUCAAGUUACUUGGCGCUUGCUUUCAAAUAAAUUUUUAAUGUUUAUAAACUCUGUAUCAGACCAAGAGAAUUACAAUUUUAUAACACAAUCUACAAAAGAAUUACAAUUUUAUAACACAAUCUUCAGAUGGCCAGAAUAAUAUUUACUCUCUCUUCUAGACUUAAACUGUGUCACUCCACCACAAUGCCAUUUAUGAUCUUUUUCCAUUCAUUGCUGCUUUGAACCACUCUUUCACUAAAUUGAGCUUAUAAUAACAAAAUAGGAUAUGAGUAAAACAAAGUAAGGUCAAACCUGAAGAAAGGAACAUAACAAAACAGGGAAGGAAAGAAAACAAAAAGUGUUUGCAGGAAGCCUAUAAUAACAAAGCAAAUAAAGUAUAGAUCUCGAAACCAUGUUGAGUGUUAAUUUUUUAUUUAAAAAAAUAAAUAAAUGAAUAGCUUCCUCAACAGUUACUAGGUGUGUACUGUAUCAAAAAAGCAAAUUUAGUAGUUAAUUCACAAAAUUUUUCAACUGCUGGUUGAUUGGAUGGUUAUACACAUCAGGUUAUUAAAAGACUUGCAUUAAAAAGAUGGAUGAUUAAAAAUAAUUACACACACGAAAUAGAUCAACAAAUCUGUGUUUUCAGGGUUCUAUCCAGUUUAAACCAUGUUCACUUAUUUUAAGAAUAUUAGAAAAUUAAAUAAUUUCAGGGGGUUUGUAUUAAAAAAAAAUAAUUGUAUCUGUAAUAUAAUGCUUAACAAAAUUACAAUACAUUUUAAGAAAAUGAAAAUAUUAAGAUCUAUUGAAUAAAUCUUUGUGCAGGUUUCAUUAUACCUAUGAAAAUAUACAAUUAUUAUAUUUUUUACGAUUUAAGCCAGGAAUGAAAGAAUAGCCCUUAAUAAUACAUCAUUUUCUUAGUCUAGAGCAGGCCUGCUCAGCUCAAAAUGUAAGGCGGGCUGUAAUACUUUAUGAAAAGCUUGUUUGGGCCAAAAGAAAAUAUGACAGGACUGGUGCGGGCCUAAAGAAAAUAGGACAGGGGGAAAGCUGUUAAGAAAAUAAUAAAAAUAAAGAAUAAUUUUUUUUCUUCUGGGGCCACAAAGUGAGGAAAGCUGUUAAGAAAAUAACAAGAAUAAAGAAUAUUUCGUUACUUUGCUUGUCACAAAGUGGGUGCUGGCGGGAUUUCGUUACUUCACUUGUCACAAAGUGGGUGCUGGUGGGCCGCACACCCACUUUGUGACAAGCGAAGUAACGAAAUAUUCUUUAUUCUUGGUCAGAUUAUUGAAAUUUGCUUUUGAUUUUUUUUAAAAUUAGUUUAACAUAGGUGGUCAAGUUUUUUGUUUUUCUAUUACUAGAGGGGUUUCAAGAAAAGGAGAUAUUUGGUAAUAAUUUUCACAGAUUAAGGAAGAAUAAAUUUAACCCUUAAUAAAAACAAUAAUUUGAGUAAUAUAAUGCUAUGUUUACAGAUACACCACAAAAUGAACAGCAGGAGCUUUUCAUCAAGAAGCUACAGCAAUGUUGUGUGGUCUUUGACUUUAUGGACCCUGUUACAGACCUGAAGAGCAAGGAAAUAAAACGUGCAGCUCUUAAUGAACUAGUAGAUUAUAUCACUGCAACUCGAAAUGUGCUUACGGAACCUGUGUAUCCUGAAGUUGUUCGCAUGGUUAGAUAUUGUUGAAUAUUCUGCAAAAAGGAUUUUUAAUUCUAAUCAUAAGUUUAAUAAUAGAUAUGAACAUUAUUAAUUCAUAAUAGAUGAAAUACUUGAUGUUAAAUUUUAAAAAAAUACUACAAAAUGCUUGACUGCUUUUGUUAUUAUGAAUGUAUAGUUUUUAAGUAAAUAAAAGAACAGCCAUUUAUUUAUACGUUAAAAAUGUUUGUAUUUUCAUUUACAGAUUGCUUGUAAUAUCUUCCGAACUCUUCCCCCCAAUGACAACCCAGAUUUUGAUCCUGAAGAAGAUGACCCUACUCUAGAGGCAUCAUGGCCACAUUUACAAGUAAUGAUUAACAAUCACUUAUAAAAAAGUUUUUUAUAAAUAAUUAUUUAACUUCUUUCGUUGCCAUGCUUGAGUGUAUCAUUUGUUGGACAGUUAAGAUUUGCAUUAUUUUGCUGAAUGGAAAUAGCAUUUUGUCUGAAUUUUAAUUAUUUAGAUUAAUAUUUUUUGAAAAUUCUUCCUCAGAUUGUGUAUGAGUUUUUUCUACGCUUUUUAGAAUCUCCAGACUUCCAGCCCAGUUUGGCAAAAAAAUAUAUAGACCAAAGAUUUGUACUUCAGGUAAGGUUUUUGCACAUUUUUAUUAUAGUUAAUAUUUCUUUAAGCUUCUAUUUUUAUUGAAUAACUUUAGUUGUUCCAAAACAUAAGAUAAUUCAUUUUUUAAAAGUAUGACAUGUGUAGUACCUUGUUGUUUAUUAUUUGAUGGUUUUUGACAUCUGCAAAUUAUCUGGAGAUUUACCUUAUCAUAGAGGCUAAAAUUGGGAUUUUCAAUUAAGUAUUCAGAAAUACAGUUAAAAUAUUUACCUAAAUCUAUCCACCAGUGAUUUUUUUAAAUUAAAAAAUCUUUAAAAUGUGAACAAAUUUGUAUAUAUAACCCCAGUCAGUUUCUCAUAGUACUGGUAUGCCAAAUCUCCAUUAUUUCCAAUUUUUUAUUAUUUUUUUUGCAAGUAAUUAAAAAAGUGCCACUAAAAUUACCUUUAUUUAAAUACUUUAUUUGAAAUAAUGUAAGGUAAAUAAUAUUUUGUCCUGGAAAUUUAAAAAAAAAAUUAACUUCUUAAAUUAUAAUUUUUUAAAUUGAUAAUAUGAGUAUCUUUUGAUUGUGAUGAUAUUUUUUUUACAGCUCCUGGAGCUCUUUGACAGUGAAGACCCACGUGAAAGAGAUUUUCUCAAGACCGUCCUGCACAGGAUAUAUGGCAAAUUUUUGGGAUUAAGAGCAUUCAUUAGAAAACAGAUUAAUAAUAUAUUUCUCAGGUAAAACAUUUUCCUAUAGGGUUAGUCAUUUCUCAGACGUCAUAUCAUUACUAUUUUUAGAACAUCCGACUAUUUCUUAAAACAUGGCAGCUAAUUGUGUGUUUAAGCAUAUUGUUCAGACAAUCCUUGUAUCUAGAAUCACUGUUACAUGUGCCGAACGCACUAUGAAGUCCCAUUUCACAAAAUAGCAGUAUAAAAACUGUAAAAUAUUACGUAAAGUAUGGCUGGAAACAUGUUUUGAUAAAGGUUAAGGGCUUAUUCGCUAACAUAGUAGGUUUGAACAGUGUUGACAUUUUAUCUGACGAAAGUACCUGGAUGAACGGUAGUUCUAUUAAUAGAUUUCCACCAUUAAAUAACAAGUCCUAUUAAGUAAAGAAUGACAAUUUAGCUUAUGUCAUUUGAUCAGCUCUACAGAAGGGAACUGAAAUCUAUAUUUGUUAAUUCUUUUUGAAAUAUCAGUUCUAUUGUAAUUGAAUUUAUUUUACAGACUAAAUUAAUUAUCUUUUAAAAUGUUUAUUGGGCGUGAGACUAAAUUAAUUAUCUGUUAAAAUGUUUAUUGGGCUACGGUAAAAAAUAUGGUAGACUAUAUCUUUUUUGACAGGGUGAAAAAAAAUGUUAGUAGGAAAAUAUUUUUUAAAAAUCCUUACACCAUAAAAAAAAAAAGUUGAAAUGUAAGAAUGGAAUAAUAUUAUCAAUGACAGCUUGGAAGAUUUUUAUGAAAUUCUAUUACUGUAUGUGAAAACUAUUGUAUUUGCAUGUUUUAUAAAGACGUUAUAUUUUUUAUAUAAGUCAUUGAUCAAUUUCAUUUUCAAAAUUACAGGUUCAUAUACGAAACUGAGCAGUUUAAUGGGGUGGGUGAACUCCUAGAAAUUCUAGGAAGUAUUAUCAAUGGAUUUGCAUUGCCUUUGAAGGCAGAACAUAGGCAAUUCCUCAUGAAGGUUCUAAUCCCACUGCAUAAGUCUCGCAGUUUAAGUCUCUAUCAUGCUCAGGUAAUAUUUUUAAAAAUUCAUUUAAAUCUUUCUUGUAUGUGUAAAUCGAUUUUUAUAUUCAUUUUGACUGAAAAAAAUAAAUUUACAUUUCCCCACAAAAUGCCUCAAACAACUUAAUGGAAUAUAUAAACAAAAUUCAAAUCCACAUUUUCUUACUUUAAACAUUAUAUUUUUUGGCAUCAGGUCCGUUCUUAGGCAUGCGCUGACUACCCAUCCGCGUAGGGCCCCGAACAUGAGGCACUGCAGCCGUCUGUGUAACUCACGUACCUUCCUCAUCCUGAAAUUUAUCAUUCUGAGUUGAAUUCGGAGGCAGGGGAAAGGAACAGCAGGGGGGAGCUUUGGGGUGGCAGACAGGAAAUCGGGGGCUUGGCCGUGGGAAUGGGAAAGAGGAAACAUUGAUGAAGGCAGAAUGGAGGAAGCGCAGUGGUGGGUGGUGUUUUCUCCUCAGCCCGAGGGAGCUCCACCCCUGGACCCCUCCUUCCGGGGCCCCCAACCUAUGCUCCAUGCUUAGGGCCCCCAAACUCCUAAGAACUGCUCUUUUGGCUUUUGAGUUAGGGGAACUUUAAUAAAACCUCUGUGGAAACUGAUUGAUGUGUGAUUUAAACAAAACCAUAUUUUAGGUAUAGGGUAUGGUAAAAAAAAACUGGAAAAUGAAAAGCUCAACAUAGAUUUGCAUUCUAAAAGCUUUUACAUUAUUUACUAACACCGGUUUAUUAAUCUAAAAAUAAACUGUUACUAAAUUAAACAGAACCUCAUUAUUAUAUUUGUGUUAUUUUGAUAAAUUAGGGGUCUUAUCACAAUUUUAGAAGUUAUUUCUUAGAAAUACAAUUGCUGCAAUUUUAUUUAAAAACUUUUGUUCUACAGCUUGCUUACUGUGUUGUCCAAUUUUUGGAAAAAGAUGCUUCAUUAACAGAAGAUGUAAGUCUUCUCAUGUUUCUCUAUUUUUAAAUUUAUUUUUAAAGAACUAUAUGCUAUACACUAGAAGUAAUGUUGUUUUAUUAAAUGUUUUCAAAAUGGAUUGAUUAAUUACCAGUUUUGGAGUUUAUAAUUUAAGAAACAAAAAUGGGGUUGUUUUUUUCUCUCGUAAAAUUAAUUUAAUAUCAAAUCAAUGAGUCUUUUAAAAAUUGGGAGGUAGCCGAAAUUCCCUAGAAGAAUGCAUUUUACUUGUAAGACAAAACAUAGGUGGAGUAUUUCAGGUGUGAAUAUUCUAAACAAAAUAAGUUCUUAUUUUUAAUAUAACUAAUGAAAAAAUUAAUAAACAGUUAAAUAAAUUUGUUUAUAAUAGGUGAUAAAGGGAUUGUUGAAGUUCUGGCCCAAGACAUGCAGUCAAAAAGAGGUAAGCUAAUAUAAUAAUUAGGUUCCCAAACUUAUUCAAUUCUAUGCCCCCUUGCUGAAUCCUUUCUAGUAACCAUUAGUAGAGGCCUCUGCAGAUAGUUAUUACUAAGUGAUUUAAAGUAUAUUCUCAUUCUAAAGCUGACUUUUUGGUGAAAUAUUUCAAGGAGAAUAAGUGCAGGAUUUAUAUAAUUUUUUCUAGGUACAUUGAUUCACUUAAAGACAACAAUGUUGUUGUUUUUUUUUUCAUUUAUAGAAAACAAUGUCAAAAACAUUGAUUACUAAACCAACCUAGAGCUGUAUUAAAAAAUAGGUCACUAGUUUUGUCCUUAUUUUGUGACUGCCAAGAUUGGCUGUGCUUAUAGAAUACCUAAGUACAUACAAUCUAGAACGAAAAGUCACAUUGUCAUGUUUUAUAAGUGUAGCAAAAGCUCAAAUCUAUUUUUAUAAUCCCUUUUUGAUAUGGUUUGUUACCAGCAUUUGACCUAUAUUUGCAAUCAACAUCUAUGCAAACUUGUUAACUUGAUUGAUAUCUAUAGCGGAAUACAUGCAUGGAAAGACAAUGCUACCAUCUUUUUCUUUCCAAGCCGCAGUCAGCUAUUUUUUGAAAUGUUAAGAUAUGGUAUUUGUCUUAUACAUACAUAAUCUUUUUUUAAUACUGUGGUGCUUACACUAGCAUAUUAUUUUAUGUAGUCAGCUUAUGGGUGUGGGUUAUUAAUUUUUCCCAGCCAAAACUAAGAGAGGAGGGCAGGUUUAUUAACGAAGAUAUCAAUUAUAAUCAAUACUGGUUUUCAUCAGGUUGGCUAGAUGUCAUGUCCUAUCACAUUGAAUUGAAAUUAUGAAACUUUUUUAACAUUUCGCACACUUUGGGAACCACUACUUUUCGUACCAUAAAUUUUAAUUGAAGAAAUGAUCUUUUUACAGAAAUAAAUUAAAAUUAGAAUUAAAAUAAUGAAUAAUAAAUUAACAAGAGUAAUUGGUUACAUCUCUUGUAUAUAACUGAUCAGUAUAAUAAUUGUAUGACAAUCCAAUCGGCUUCUGGUCUAUUUGGACAAGUUCUAUAUAGUUUAGAAAGUUUUAGGUUUUAAUUUUUAAUCUCAUCAAGAUGAAAUGGCUUUGGUGAGAGAAAUGUUAGCAAAGAUUCAAUUUAUUCUUUUUUAAACCUUUUUUUUUCUCAAUAGCUUUUUGGGGUUAAUAACAGACCUGUUGACUUGUAAGAUUUUGGCUUACAAUGUAUGAUUUUGAGAUAUCUUUUACAAUUGUAUGCCUAGAUCCAUCAGAACUAUGAUUUUUAAGAGACCAGGUUAAAAAAAUAUACAUUCUGGUAGUUAGUUCCGCUUUUAUAAAAUAAUAAUUCAAAAGUUCAUUUUCGGUUGUUAGUUAGUUUUAAUUUGCAAUUGCAUUCCACAUUAAGCAGGGAAUGGAUCAAUAAAUAUGAUUGGUUGGGGACCAUAAAUAAUUAUAUUAAGUCUGCCCUGAGAGGAGAAUGGAGUGGUGUUGAUUUAGGAGAUUGUGUGUGUGGGGGGGUCCAAAUAUUUAAAUAUUUAAUUCAAUACUAAAGUACGUACGUUAUUUAAAAACUUAAAUAUUUUUCCAGAAAUUUUGAAUCUCGAAUGAUGUAAAAAUAGCAUGCAAUGUUUUGUACGAAUUAUCGUCAAAAGGCUGCCAUGUAUAUUCACAAAUGAACUCUAGAUAUAGUCAGAUAGUAAUAAGUAAUCAGAUAGUACUAAGUGGUCAGAUAGUACUAAGUAGUAGAGGCAUUACAGUAAUAUUUAGUCCACCGUAUGUUCAGCGUGCUGUGACGUAUAUUUUUUUGGGCUAUGCCAGUGGCAAAAUUUUUGUUUCCCGGCGCCAAUGCCAAAUUCCGGUAUUCACCAGACUCUGUGUUACAAGUACACUUCGAAAUAGCGAAUUCAUAAACAAAAUAAAAUAAAGGGUUGGGUAAAAAUAAAUAUAACAUGUAUGUAAGUCACUAAGUGCCAUCUACUAAUUGCAAAAGGUAUUUACUUAGGUCCAAACUUCAGUGCACAAACUACAGAGGAAUCUCCCUAUUAAAUGUUACAUACAAAAUACUGACAAAGCCUAUUGCCAAUAGACUACAACCUUACACUGAAGAAAUACUAGGUGAUUACUAAUGUGGAUUCAGGCCUAACAGAUCAACGACUGAUCAGAUUUUCACCAUCAGAUGCCUAUUAGAGAAAUGCUAUGAAUAUAUUAUACCAGUACAUCAACUCUAUAUGGACUAUAAAAUGGCCUAUGACAGCAUCAAAAGAAAAUAUCUAUAUGAGACUCUGCAGGAGUUUGGCAUAUCCAACAAACUGGCAAGACUGAUACAUGUAACACUAAACAAUGCAAAAAGCAAAAUCAAGGUUCAAGGAGAAUAUUCAAGGGAAUUUCAGAUUAGAUGAGGCCUAAGACAGGGAGACUCACUGUCUUGUAUGCUUUUUAACCUAACAGAGAGAGUUAUGAGAAACAUACACAUUGACACUCGAGGAACGAUAACAGGAUACUUUCUGAGGGAAACUCAAGACCCACAAUCAAUGGGCACACUCUACAACCAACCACUUCAUUAUCUUGCAUAUGCUGAUGACAUAGCACUGGGAAAAGUAUUAAAGACAUAUCAAAAUCCCUUAUUGAAUUAGAAGACGCAUCACUACAAGCAGGGCUGGAAGUUAAUGACCAAAAAACAAAAUAUAUGACCAUGAUAAGAGAAGAACAAACAGAAGAAGCAAUUAAAAUUAGAAACCAGACUUUUGAAAAUGUAAAUCAAUUCAAAUACCUAGGAUCUUUAUUAAAUGAAAGAAACAAAUUACUAACAGAAAUAAAAGAAAGAAUAUCAGCCGGAAACAGGGCAUACUUCAAUAGUCAGAAAAUACCCAAAAGUAAAAGAAUUACAAGAGAAACAAAGAAAACUAUUUAUAAAACUGUAAUCAGACCAGUUGUAACAUAUGCAAGUAAAACUUGGACCCUUACAAAAAUGGCAGAAAACCUAUUAAACACAUGGGAGAGGAAAGUUCUCAGGAAAAUAUAUGGACCAACAAAGGAUGAAUAUGGAUGGAGAAUAGGAAUUAACCAUGAAUUGUACAGUCUAUAUCAUGAUCCCAUGAUAGUAGCAGAAAUAAAAAGGGGCAGGCAACGCUGGGCAGGACACUUAGAGAUAAUGCCGAAUGACAGAGGAACAAAGAGGGUGCAUCACCAAUACCCCAGAGGAAAAAGGCUCAAAGGCAGACAUUGGCUUAGAUGGAUGGAUGAUGUUGAAAAAAAUCUACAACAACUGAAAAUCCAAGCAUGGAAAAGAAAAGCAUUAGUUGGGUUGAGUGGAAGGAAGUAGUGAGGCAGGCCAAAGCCCUACAUGGGCUGUAGCGCCACAGGGAUGGAUGGAUGGAUUUACUUAAGUGGGUUACUGUUUGCACCAUGACCAAAAGAUGUCACAUUGGAUUAAAAAUGGAAAUAAAAUUAUGACAUUUUUUUAAAUAUUUCGCAAUGCCCCUGUGAGGAAGCAGCAGCAUCCUUUAUAGAAAAAUAUGCACCUACCAUCCCCCUUGCGGACCACUAUAAUACUAUUUUUAGCACCCUUGUCUGUGUGAAGUAAAUGUGAUUUUAUAGUUUAAUUCACUAAGGUCCUUUCUAAAGACAAUUUAGGUGUCUGUUGUUCUUCACCCCAUUCUCAUGGCUCUGCACGAGGGCAAUUAGCCCCCAAGGUGAUGCGGCUUAUAUUCUGAGAACCACUGGUCUUGCCAAACAGCUAGCGGUGAAAACCCAUGUCACAUUUUGUUUAGUAAUGUAACAUAAUAAUUGUUUAAAGAUUAUUGGAUUUUUUUGUUUCGAGGGGUCUGAAGCUGUUUGGGGUGGGUGUUUAAAAAAAGUGCGGGGGGGGGGGGGGGUAGAAAAUUUGAAUUUUUGUAGUAUACGUGCUAUACAGAUGAUCCUCUCCUCGCUGUUGUUUGCUUGAGUGCUGUAUGACGUAAUUUUAUGACGUAAUUAUUUCUUAGGCAAAACCUAAACCGCGGCGAGAAAACUGGAGAAUGCAUUCUCUACUAGUCUGCAUAGCAAUAAGAUUUUGACAUAUUUUAUAGGAUCUAAGGGGGCCAUUUAAAUCUAUGAUUAGAAGGCGCAAAACAGCUUUGUGAUUUUUAAUACCCCUUCACCCAAUUAAAGCUUUUGAUCUGACUUCGGGUUUGAAUCACAUUAAAUUUCACCAGUAACUUUAUUUUUACCAGUAACAGACUGGGAUAAUUUGAUCUUCACGUUCACCUAGGUUUUAAUUGAUAUCUAUAGCAGAUACACGUCUGAAAAACAAAGUGACCGUAGAUAGCAAUAUACACAUCAGACAUCUACUUUUUAUCUUCAGUUCGCUAUUCUUUAGGCAAGCUUAAUUCGGUCUCGUGAGAUGCGAGUAGUUAUACGUUAUCUAUAUUGUAUGUUAAUUUAUUAUGUACUAUUAAGAUAUUGUAUUGUACAAGUUUGUAACGAUAUUUUAGGAGUUUAAGGGUAAAUGGGUCUGUCAAAAUGAAAAGUGUUAAAACUGAAUUUUUAUUUAAUUUUCUACCAUUCUGAGAAUGAAAAGGAUUAAAACUACACAAAUUGUAAGAUUUACAAUCAUUUGUAUGUGAAAAUGUGCCAUUUUUUAUUUUAGGUGAUGUUUUUAGGGGAAAUAGAAGAAAUCUUAGAUGUCAUUGAACCUACUCAAUUUCAAAGGAUUCAGGAAGACUUGUUUCGUCAGAUAGCUAAAUGUGUAUCAAGUCCUCACUUUCAGGUAAGGCAAAUAACUUAAAAUGCCUGUACUUGUUAACUGUCACAUCUCUUCCUGAAAAUUAUUCAAAUGAAUAUGGAUAGAUUUAUACAUUUUAUUUUAAAUUUAAGUAGCUAGUAAGUUACUUGGGCCUAUAUUAAAAAUUGAAAGACACCUAAUUUCAUUAGGAUGAUACUCUUAAAGAAUUUGUUUUUUCACAAUAUAUUUUUUAAAUUUAAUAUCAGGGUGCACAUAGUUUCCUUACUCUAAUUAUUUUUACAGAUGAUUGUUGUCAUGAAUCUUUUUAUUUCCCCUUGAUCAGGUGGCAGAACGAGCUUUGUAUUUUUGGAACAAUGAGUACAUAAUGAAUUUGAUUGAGGAAAACUCCAAUGUUGUGCUCCCAAUAAUGUUUCCUGCCCUGUAUCGCAUCUCCAAGGAACAUUGGAACCAAACAAUUGUAGCUCUUGUGUACAAUGUCCUUAAGACCUUCAUGGAGAUGAAUAGCAAACUGUUUGAUGAACUCACAGCAAACUACAAGGCAGAGAGGGCAAAGUAAGUUAUUUUGAUUGACUAGAAGUUGAUUCUUUUCUUUUCAGGAUUGAAGGUAAUUAUGAGCAAAACAGCAGACCAUCAUGAUUUUAUUUCGCAUUUUCUCUAUAUACGUUGAAAAGACUCGGUAAACAAAAAAAUUUAUGGCUAUUUUUAUACUAUAUUAUUCAAGGAAAUUUUUCCCCUAAAAGUCAAGAUAUUUGAGAAAAAAUCCAUGCAUUAAAUUAUACCUUAGAAAAUUAUUACUAAGUAUUAAUUUAGAAUAAAAGUUAAGAAAAUUUUUAAAAAAAUUUAAUAAGUAAAUUAUGUUUUUACAUUGCGUAGAUACCGAUCCGAUGGUAUCAUCUUUGACCCAGAUCAUGCUUUAUGAAAUUCUUGAAAAGAAAUGAUUUCUUUACUAAAACAUAAAUAUAAAUCACAAACAACACACCAGACAUAUGCCCUGGCCUCUUAAUACUUUUUUUGGAACACAAUUUACACUUUUUCCAGUUAGUGUCAUACUCAGGUUGCAGCUCAUGAUGUGACAAUGUCAGGCUUUGCAGCAAAAGUUACAUCAAAUAUGUCCUCUUUUCCCUAAUCGCUCAUAAAUUGAUCAAUGCUGAUAGAGUAUUUUGCAUUGAGAUAAAUAUAGUGUGUCCCAACUUUACAUAGCGUGUCUCCUUUAUUUUCAGUAUCUGAAACUUUCAGGAAACUCAAUAUGGCCUUGAAUCUUUGUCCCUAGUCAUAAAGGCCUUGCUAAUAGUCCAUAAGUCUUGUAACAUUAGCAGCUUGAAUAAGCCCUGCAUUCAUAAGAAGUCCAAUUAGUCGAUAAUACUCACCUUUAGUGAUGUUAUACCAAUUUUAAAAAAAAAAAAUAUAUAUGCAACCAAACCUGUAGUAAAAUAAAAUCUUGAAAAAGUCUACCUAAAUUACUUUUAUAUUUUCAUUAAAUAAACUAAGGAACAUGGCUGAUUGUUUUUUUUUAAUAGCCUUGUUUACAUUUACAUAGGCCUAACUGAAAAAAAUAAUGUAAGGAUAAAGUUUAAAAAUUCAAGUUAUUUUAAAUUAAAUCUUAAAUUAUAGCAAAUAAAUUAUGCAAACGUUUUUAAAAAAACCAAUUAUAUACAUUUUUUAAUACUGAAACUUGAAUACUAAAUAUCAUAAUAGGGCAUAUGUCUGAAGAGAAUGAAAAAUGUAAUUUUAAAAAACUUCAAGUUUAUAAUCAAAAUCGGACUCAACAAUUAUUUAAUUUGUAGCAAUAGCGAACUAGCGUUGUGUGCAAAAUGUUUAUAAUAAAGCAAAAAGGCAAUCCAUGAAAUGACAUUUUGCUACCAGAUUUCUUCAAGAAUUAAUAAUAUAAAUUACUUGUCUUUGUCAAUUAGUAAUUUAACAUUACAAAAUAGUAAAUCUUUAGUUUCACAAUUUAAUAUAAAAUUUAUAUAUAUUUGAUGAGGUUUUUUUUUAACUAUCAAAUAUGACCGAUUUUUUCAAUCUCUUGUUGUUUGAAAGUAAAAGUGUAACAUCAAAAAUUAAAACAAAAAAUGUGUUAACACAAUCAAUGAUUUUUUUUAGGGUCCAUGGCAUAAAAGAUUAUUGAAAUAGAUAUCUUCAAUUGUGCAUUUGUCUGAAUUAAUUACCUUUUUAGUUUUAUUCUGCUAAGUUUAUUUGAGCCAGCAGAAUUACCGAGCAUAAACAUAUUUUCAGUUUCACUCAUUUUGAAGUUUACAGUCUACUGUUCUUUGGUUUCGAACAAGUAAAAAUUGGUUGAUUUUUUAAAUUGAAAAGCACCUUAGACUAAAGUACUUUUAAAACUCAAAGUGCUUUGAUAUGAGGAUAGAUUAUACUAGCAAAGUCAUUCCUAACAUUGGGAUCGUAAUACAUUUUCUUAGGACUGAGGUGGGGGGUUAUAAAAUACUUUAAGUUUUUAGCAAGUUUGCUGCUCUUUUUUUUCUAUUAGAAACUUGUUUGAAAUGUUUAAUUUUUUUGUCUAUUUCCAAUGCAUUUAGGUUGUAUUUCGGGGUGGGGAGGGGGUGUGGGUUACAACUUGAAUAUUCUUAAUAUAUUAAAACUCAAACUAUUUAUCACUUUUCGUCAUGUAGGCUGAUAUUGUUUUGUACAUUAGGCGUUUUCAAUUAUCUCCGUCAUUUUAAAAAACAGAGCAUGAUAAUCUUAAUCUUAUGAUUAAGAUAUGUGUUUAUAAGUUAAACCAAAGUGAGUAAAAGAUAAGAGAUAGCGAGAGACACUUUGAAAUUAUUAUAAAUGUGUGCUUAUUUUUUUUUUUAUUCACUCAACAGAGAAAAGAAAAAAGAGAAAGAUAGAGAAGAACUUUGGAAGAAACUUGAUAAAUUGGAAAUGAAUAGCAAAAAAACGAAUAAGAAAUCUUAACGUCAUUGAUUUGUUUAUGUGUCAUGGAGGUGUGAAAGGCAAAGAGACCGGACUGUUAAUACAUAUUUAUUUUAUCAUCAUCAUUAUUAAUAUAAAUAUUAUAAAUAGUGAUUAUAAAAAUGGAAACCAUUUGUUACUUUUUCUUUUGUUUUUUGCCUCUUGGUUUAUGUUUACUUUUGUUUACACUUUUAACAAAUUAUUUUUUUCCCUUUGGAGAUUGACAUUGCAAGUUCUUGGAUCUAAGUAUGCCUAUAUACGUUUAAAUAUAUAUAUAUAUAUAUAUAUAUAUAUAGGAUGUAUAAUUCAUAACUUAAUUAAAAAAGAAGAUGUAUCCACAGCUGCUUCAGAUAGUGCCCCUCCUAACCCCCACCCCCUCCUCAACCCACCCUUUCCCGUGCCAAAAUGAGAUUUAUGCAUUUCCCAGCUUGUUGCGUGCAUGCAGCUUUGAAUAGUGAAAUUCUAUAUUCUUUCUCAACACCUGAUGCCAUCCUGGUGCUAGUCUAACUUUCUGUAAAGGCAGGCCAAUUCAUUUUAUUCAACAAACCAGAAGAGGGUGGGUGACAUUGAAGGUGGAUUAGAGUUAAAAAUAGAACGGAAGUAUUAUAAUAUUAUUAUUUAGAUGUAUUUUUAUUGUAACAUUUUUAACGAAAAUUUUUAGGAAUGAAACUAAAGAGAAAAUUAAGUAACAUUUCUUCUAUGCUGACUUGAGCAUAAAUGUGAUUGUAUUUUAAAGAUGGAAUUUGCUAUCAACCACAAUUUGAGAAGCACUAGAAUAAAACAAAGGUAACAAUAUGUCAGCUGUAGGAUCUGUACACAAAUUAAAGAUGCUCCUGAUAUGGCACUGUGCACAGGAGGGACAAUGAAGAUGAUGCUAGAAAUUAAAUGCUUUUUAAGACAAUAUUUUGUUGUGGUUGUGUCACAGAUGUUGAUGUAGGAAGCACAUUCAUUGAUGCCGUUAUUUAAAAGAAGGUGUUCAAUGGAAAACUUGUGGACAGAGUUGUUUGAAUUAAAGUAAAGAAAAAUAAUUUUUUGACCAUGUGAAAUUUAAGUGUUCUUGUGUAACUUGUCAUCUUAUGAAAAGUAAAGUAAACAAUAAUUGCUUACUCAUAAAUGCUACCAUAUGAAAUUGUUUAACUAGAUAGUCAUGUAAUACUGGAUAUAAACUUGGAUACUUUCCCAUUUUUAAAGAUGGUUAUGUGUUAUCAUAAUGAUAAGAAAAUAUUCAGAUUAAAUCAACAAAAAUAAUUCUGAGCAUGAAAGCUGUGUGUCAUUGUAUGAAAUUGGAAUAUACUUGAAUGUUCAUAUCUGCCAAUAACACUUUAAACGUGUAUAAACUUGCAUCAAGACACAAUAUUAACAACAAAAUAGAUUCAAUUAAUCAUUAUGAAUGGUGUGCUGCAAUUUUGUGAUUUGUUACUAGGCCACAAUGUGUCAUAUUUAAUUAAUACAUAUUCAAAACUUUUUUUUAUUUUAAAUGAAAACAUGCCCCAGUAACACUGUUACAGAUUUUGGGCACUACUGCUUUUAGUAUUUGAAUGUAUUAAGUUGCGGGUAUUUUCAAGAUGUAUGAAAUUUUAUGUGACUAAUUUAUAUUUUCUUUCAGUUUUUUAAAAAUGUUUGAUUUUUUUUUUAAAAGCAUUGUUUUUAUCAGCUCCCACCCUGAUUUAAGUUUGGUACCGGUAAGCAAAACUUAGGAACCAGACUCAAAAGCAUUAUCACUUUGUUUGGGACUUGUUCCAGCAGUCAAUUUAUUAGUCACAAAUAUGAACUAGUUUCCCUGCUUUGUUUUGUGGGAAGGGUUGGGGGAAUGGGGGUGGCAUUGACUGAUAACAUUAUCAGCUUGAUGAUAGCAAUAACACUGGACUGAGGCAUUGUAAAACUAUUUACAUUUCAACUUUUUGUUUUGUGUAACAAUUAUAUAAUUUUUAAAUAAAUAUAUGUGAACCAUUUCAUUGUUUUGCUACUGUUGUAAAAAAGAAAUUAGAGAAGUUUUAAACAGUACCAGUGAGGAUUUGAUGGAAUUGUAUAAUUUGGGUGCUUAUAAGGGGGAUCAGAGAAAUUGUAAUGAAAAAGUGAUCACUAGCCAGUCGAGCAACAUCUAAUCUGAUUGGAUUUUAAAAUCAUAAAUCUAGGUCACAUAAUAUCUCAUGUUGCCAGGUCUGCGCACCUCAGUCUCUGGUGAACAUUGAUCCUAUGAUACACAUAACAGAUGAGCUUAAGUAUCAACCCAAGUGAUGCAUCACAUAAGACCACCAUUAUAAGUUAAGUCAUUAGUUCCCUCCUGUAUGUGAACCUUGUCCUAUGUGAGUUGAAUCUAUCCCUCUUAGAGUUAUAUUCCUCUCCCCCUUCCCCAACACAUCUAUUUAAGUUUGGCAGCACAGCAUAUCAUCAGGCUGUUAUUUAGUCUUAGCAAAUGUUAAUGUUAGUCAAGUAAUGGUCAUACUCUUAAUAUUUGUGCAAACUGCAGGCUUUUUAAUUUUGUGAAUAUUUGUACGGUACAUAAUAUAAUCUAGUGACUCAUGUCCCACUCCUCCCCCCCCCCCUCCCAAACAUCCUUCGAAUGAUUUAACAGAGGUGUACACGGGUGCAUGUUUGAGUGUGCUGUUUUUAUUUUUAAUACUGUUCAUCCCAUAAAUAAAUUUCAUGUUCUCUAAUGAUUGUGUUCGUGUGUUACUUUUUGAAAUUCCCAUGGUUUGACCUACCGGUACAGGUAAUUUGUUGUAUGUAUUUCAUAUUUCUGGCGUAAGGCUCAUGAUAUGGUGCUUCAGUAUAGAGUUGAAUUUUGGUUGUGCAGUUGAAUAAAUGCAAACAACAAUUUACAACCUUUUGUUAGCAGUUUAAUAUUAUUCAAAUCACUGUUGCCAAUACUUUAUUCAAUGGCCAAGUUUAAAAAAAAUUGCACCUGAUCACAAGUGUGAUUCUAGUAUUAAAAUAAAAUUGAUAUCUCUGGAUUAUUAUUUUUUUUUAAAAGCAUAGAGAAAGAAAAAAAUUUAAAUUAUCUGCUUAAUUAACAUAUCCAACAUUGAAUUGUGAGUCUCAAGGAAGGACAUAAGAAAUUCUUUUGUUUAAAUUUUUUCCUUUUUUUUUUAAAUGGCCAUUGCUUGUACAGAGCCAUGAAUUUUUAUACUUAAGUUCCGGUCAAUAUAAGUUCUAUCAUUUAAUCCUCAUAUAUGUAAAUCAUGAAUGCUUUGACCAGAUGUUGUUCCUGGUUGGUACCUCUAGUUGUAUAGAAAUGUUCAUUCGGUCUUCAAUGUUUAGUUGUUUUUUUUUACCUUUUUUAAGUUAGUUUAAAUACUGCAAUGAUAAUUGUCCAUGGCACUGUGGGCGAGAACCGCCCAAUAUUUUACUUGGGGUUAUUCACGUACAUCCAAGUUUGCAAGUUGUAUGACACCCAUUGUUUUGUCACCUACUAGAUUGCAUUUCUGCGCAAUGUGGAUUUAUUAUUGAGUGGAUGUUUGUGGAUUAUAUUGCCAUAAUGCAAUUAAACUAUUUUCCUCCUGUUAUCGCUUCAAUAGAUUGUACAUGUAUUUGGACAGUUCUUUUGUAGAUGCUUAAAUGAAAAAAAAAAGAUGUUAAAUAUUAAACAAAUCUUAUAUCAUCUGUGUGUGUUUUUGUGCGAGUGUUUGAGUGCAUAAAUAAAAUAAAUAUUAUUACAUAGGCUUAGGGCCUAAUUAUGUUUUUAAAAUUAUUAGUCAUCUAUAUUAGAUAUCUAUAUAGAUUUUCAUAGAUUUUUUCCAGGCUUAAAAAAAAAAAAUCUCCAUUAUAUUAAUGGCAAGAAAUUGAAAUUCUUAGCAAGUUUGUUAAAUAUUUUCCAUUUAAUUAUACAUGUUUAGAACGAAUGUUAAGACAAUAAUAAUAAGUUAAACUUACUUUAAGGUCCCAUCAAUAAUGAAAGAAAGAUGUGGAAAGACUGUCUCAACGUCAUAUGUUCUAUCCAGAAUAAACAUAAGAAAUAAGGUUAUUUGUAUGGGUGACUGAAUGAAAAGUUGCAAUCCAUUUAAAUCACUUGUGUAUUCUCUCAGGCUAACACGCAUGGUUCUCAUAUAUCCAUAUUCUAUUCUUUGUUUCUUGCACACCAUGUGCACAAGUGAUCUGACGUGUUGUUUUCCCAACAAAUGUGAUUAUUACUCUGUUACGUUUUGUCAGUUGCUCCCUUCACCCCUUUCCCCCACUAUUUACUAAAGUUAGUUAUAACAAUGUGUUUUUCAGUGUGCAGAGGGAGUUUCUAUAUAAUUGUAAUUAAUUACUAUUGGUAUAUAAUUCGUAUGGAAAUAAAAACCUCAACAUUAGUUUUUUAGAUUUGUAAGAAUAACUGCAUUGCACUUAGGUCUUCUGUGGUUGCCCAUUUUUGCUGACUUUGAAGUUGUGUGUACAACAGACUGCCAUGGUAACAAAUAGACUUAAGGUUAAAUUCUUCCAGUGAAAUCCACUAUGCUGUUGAAGCUUUUAGAUGCAUGAUUUUAGUUUAUGAUCAAACCUUUCAGAAAAAUCAACAUAUUUUAGCAGUGAAUUCCUGAACUGUGUAAAAAAAACAACAACUUAAAAAUAAUAUUGUGGAUAAGUCAUUUUUUUGGUGUUCUUGCAUUUAUCUAAAGCGGUAGAGUGGUUUCAACUUUUUUUACUUUAUAUACCUGGACUAAAACACCAAACAUGAAAAAGUAGAUAUUGUUAAAUGAAAUAUUAGAUGUACGACUGCAAAGAGUGCUUGAAAAUAAAGUCUUGGAC